CCACAGUUUACUAAUCUGCACCCACAGAUUAUUAAACUGUACCCACAGUUUACCAAUCUGUACCCACAGAUUAUUAAACUGUACCCACAGUUUACUAAUCUGUACCCACAGUUUAGCAAUGACCCGGAAACUGUAGUCACCAAUGUUUGGCGGGGACUCCAAACGCCGAGGGACCAACCAAGCAAGCACCUGCACCUUUUGCCCUCGGCGAGCGAACAAAGGGGUUUUAAAAGGUAACUAUUGCACGUUUUCUUUGGUAGGCGUCUUUCAGGUGUCAUCAAUCAAUAUGGCAUGUUGUGUUUGCACAUUUUCUGUACUGUUGUCGUGUCCGUGCGUGCUUAAUUCAAGUAGUGUUUAUUAGUUCUUUCAAUAUAUGCAUCUCACGUAAAUGGUCGCAUUAGCAGCGACCUGCUAAAAGUAGCGUGUAUUUCUAUUCACCAUCCAUGCGUUUAAAGAUUGUUUUCUUUCAACAUUUUCUCGCUGCAGUCACGCUAUUAACAUCAUAAUGGCAGCUCUUUUGGUAAUGACAUGUUGCACUGUUUGCACAUUUUCUGUGCUGCUGUCGUGACCGUGCGUGCUUAAUUCAACUAGUGUGUUCAUUGUUCGUUCGCUAUGCCUCUCCCGUAAGUGGCCGCAGUAGCAGCGACCUAAUAAAAGUAGCCUAAGUAUUUCUAUUCACCAUCCAGGCGUUUAAAGAAUGUUUUCCUUCAACAUUUUCUCGCUGCAGUCACGCUAUUAAUAUCAUAAUAGCCGCUGUUUUUUGUUUGUUUUUUGUCUGCGACAUGGUUUGAUUUUAUGCCGUCUUCCUUAUGCAGUCAUCCCUGAAGAAUUGAAGUGUCAGUCAGCUAAAUCUGUCUGCAAAGGAUCGAACACUGAUGGAUUCAAAUUUUAGAAAAUUUAUUCAAGAGCAGCGAAUGUUAGGUGAGGAUGUAAUUGAAACCUUCAUUGAGGAGAAGAUUGAUUGCUACACCAUCAAUGAAAUGACAGAUGAGCAACUGACAAAAUAUAUUCCAAAAAUUGGAGAUCGUAUUGCAAUACGCCAAUACUGCAGAAGAGAAGUGGCUGUGUUUGAAGGGACCAGCACAACAUUAUCCAAAGCAACUGAAUCAUUAAUUUCAAAAAUUAAUCAAAGGCGAAUGUCUUCCAGUGGCCUUACGGAUGAACGAGUGAAAAAAAUGUCAGGCAAUAAAAAUGCCACAAAGGAACACCGCAAUUAUCAGAUGGGCCUAUUUGAAGAAAAGGAGGGCAGAUUUGUCCAGGUGAGAGAAAGAAGAGGGGGAGGUAUCAGACAUUUGAAGGCUGCGAAGAAUGCAACAAUGUCUGAAUUACUGGAAACGGGCAAAUCGCUCUUUUUUUCGGAUGGAAAAUCCCAAAUAGGUACAGAAAGUGAAUUUGAAUUCACAAUGCGAGACUUCACUGAAGACGUCCUUGAUCCACAAACAACCUUAAAUGAGCAAUAUGAAAAACGAAGGGUAAAAACAUUACGACUUUAUUUGUCGUGCAAAAGAAUUCAUGCUGAUAGCCAUGAAGAAGUGCCCGAUACACCCCAAGACACCUCAUCUGUAAGUUUUCUUACACUGAACGAAACAAACAAUGUGCCUACAUCUGACAGAGAAAUUGAGGGAGCCACUGGUGGUUUCAGCCAAGAAAAUCUUGUCAAUGAACAAUUCAUAAUUGUUGAUGAGGACAUAAUCUUCAUGCAACCCUAUGGUGAAAAUGCCAUUCCGGAUGUGGAUGAUCCCCUAGAUGACACCAUCCCGCUGGAGCACGUUGCAGGGGACAUUCCAGUCCAAGAACCACACCUACGUGGAACAAAGAAACUCAAGUUGCACAGGGGAAAUAUUUUCCAUGAAUUAAACACUGCUUUUAAAAAUGGCAAUAUAGAUAUUGCUGAGAUGUUGGUGGAAAUAGAAAUGUUCCAACCUAAUGGUAACAUGGAAAAAGGGGAAGACAGCGGUGGUGUCUUACGCGAUGCUUUGAGUGAGUACUGGGAGACUUUUUUUAGUAAAUGUACUCACGGAGGAACAACAAAGGUGCCGAUGACGAGACAUGACCUGAAGGACGAUUGGGUUAAUAUAGCCCAAGUCUUGGUCUUUGGUUACAACCUGGUUAAGUACUUUCCUGUUGCUCUGGCGAAGCCCUUUAUUUCAUAUUGUCUCGGUCGGGAAGUGGUGGAGAAUGACCUGCUUUUGUCAUUUUUUGACACAAUUCCCACAGAAGAAAAGGAUGUGGCCGAAAAAGCAAUGAACAAUUUUUUUUCCGUCAAUGAAACUGAAGAGUGGAUUGACUUUCUUGAUGCCCAUAAAGUUAAAGUUGUCGUCAACAAGGGGAAUGUCAAGAAAACGUUAAUCGAGGUGGCACAUAAAGAGCUCAUCCAAGACCCCGCAUAUAUUGCUGACUGUUGGUCCAGUAUAUUGAAGGAACUAAUCUUACCAGCGGGAGGACUCAAUGAAGUAUAUGCUGGCCUUAACCCGACACCAAGGCGGGUCAUUGCCAUGUUAGACUACGGGAAUCUCAACAUGAAAGAAAUGCAGAGUUUUGAAUUUCUUAAAAAAUUCAUCAGGAGUUGCAGAGAGCAUCGGCUGAAGAAAUUUCUUCGAUUUUGCACAGAUCUUUUAGUGGUCCAGAAGAUCUACGUGCGUUUCUUUGAGCCAGAGAACGUGUUUACGAGGAGGCCAAUAGCCCAUACAUGUGGCUGUGUUCUGGAGUUGCCAAAUAACUACGGAUCCUACCCAGAGUUGGCAGAGGAGUUUGAUCAUAUACUUGAUGCAAACAUGUGGGUGAUGGACAUUAUUUAGUUGUAAUUCAAACGCAAUACCUUUAUCUCCCUAUUUAUUUUAAGGGUAGCAAGGUACGGUAUCUUUAAAAAAAUCUGAUUUUUUGGUUUUCAAUUUUAAAGUUAAAAAUAAGUGAAAACCAUAGACAUUGAUGUCUGAUGAACAGUUCAGGUGCUGCAUUGCCAAGAUUUGUUUAAUGUUAGUCUUUUAUAAUUUAACAUUUUAUAAAGGACAGAUUCACAAGUUUACACUGACAUAUUGCAUGCACUUUUAUAGGAAGUUUGGCCAUUUUCCUGCCAAAGUGAGUUACUGUUUACAUUUUUGGUAACACUUUAUUUGAACACGGCAUCAUAAGACUGUCAUAAUUAUGACAUGAAACCUGUCAUGAACAUGAUUAAUGCUUAUGACAGAGGUCAUUAAUUGCCAUUCAGUAAAUUAUGUCACCUUUGAUGCAAGUUUGACAGGAAAAGCAUUAGUUGUAUCAAAAUAGAGCCUGUUCCUAAUAUUUACAUCAUGUCACUGUUCAGGUGGACCAAAUUUUAAGGAACAACCUGUAUUGAGAUAAAACUGAAGCUAUACUGGUCAACUUUGCAUCAAAAUUGACAAUUGACUGAAUGACACUUAAUGACCUCUGUCAUAAGCAUUCAUUCAUGUUUGUGAAAUGUUUUCUGUCAUAAUUAUGACAGUCUUAUGGUGCCAUGUUCAAGUAGUGUUACAUUUUUUUCCUCCUUGUCAAUACACCAUAUUUUAUAUAUUUUUGCAUGCACUUUAACUUUUGCCAUUUGCCUGUAUUGAUUGCACUGUUUGUUUACAUAUGGUGGAGUACACUACUCUGUUUAUCACCAUGAAGAUAGUUUGGGCUUUAUUGAGACCAGAGUGAUUGUUAACAUUUUGCACAUUUUCCCAUGUCAAAUUAGGUACUGUAUUAAAGUUUUAAAAUGUUCCAAUCUGGUUUUCUUUGUGUAAAGACAGCUAAAUUUGCUCAGUUCACAUACAGUACGCAAAUAUCGCUUGUACAGUGCCCUUGAGUGUUGUUUGAAAGGCGUUUUGAAAUCAAAUGUAUUGUUCGCCAACUUGAACAACAACAUUUAAAGGCUACAGAUGCAAGAUUGACAUCUCUGCAAUGUGCAUGAGUGGUGCAUUUGACCAUGCCAUUUCACUCCAUGUUCAAUGCCGUGUCCUCUCAGAACUCUGAGGAUCAACCUAAAAUUACAAAUAUCAGUUACAUGACCCAGGAAUACAAAUGCUAGUUCAAAUAAGGUUGUUUGGCAACUUAAAAUAGACGACACGAUUGUUUUUAGU